AUGCGCAAGGAUAAGGUUAAAAGAGCCGUGGAUACUAAGGCUUCCAAAGGCCGUAAGAUGCGGUAUACGGUCCAUGAAAAAUUACAGAAUUUCAUGGCUCCGGAGUAUCGUGGUUCUUGGAGUGAUCGAGCUCGAGAGGAGUUCUUCGCUUCGUUGUUGGGAAGAAAUGCACGGGAGAUUCUGGGUGAUGAUGACGAUGAGGAUAAGGUUAUGGAGGAUGAAGAUGAUCAUCUUGAGGAGAGUGGCCUCAAGCUAUUUAGGAAUUAA